GCCUUAUCUCUGCGAUGGAAAAAGGGUAGCCUACAUCGGUAAGCCCCAGGAAGUCGGAGAGACGUUUCCUUUCUUGUAUUUGAAGAAAAGGGUAAUUUUAGCCUGGAAAUUAAAUGACGCCGUUGUGAUUAUUUUCUUUUUUGACAACAUCACUCCCUCGCCCAGUCGUGUCUGCGUAUGGGUGUAAAAUGUUCUGUUCCUCGGGACAUUGACAGCGGGAAGGUCUCGCAUCGCAGGGCUGGGACGCUGAACCUGCUGCUGCUUUUGCCCCGCUUACUUUAAUGCCCCGAUAGUUUUAUCCCCGGAGAACCGAACCGUGUGCUGAACAGCGACCAUGUCGGGGAAGCAUUAUAAGGGCCACGAGGUCAGCUGCUGCAUAAAAUACUUCAUAUUCGGAUUCAACAUCAUCUUCUGGCUCCUGGGAAUGGCCUUCCUGGCCAUCGCACUCUGGGCAUGGAGUGAGAAGGGUGUCCUGUCCAACCUGUCAUCCAUCACUGAUCUGGGGGGACUGGACCCCGUGUGGCUGUUCAUGGUGGUGGGGGCCGUCAUGUUCAUCCUGGGCUUCGCCGGCUGCAUCGGAGCCCUCCGAGAAAACACCUUCCUUCUCAAGUUUUUCUCUGUGUUUUUAGGGAUCAUUUUCUUCUUGGAAUUGACAGCUGGUGUGUUGGCCUUCGUCUUUAAGGACUGGAUCAAAGACCAACUCAACUUCUUUAUCAACAACAACAUCCGAGCCUACCGUGACGACAUCGACCUGCAGAACCUCAUCGACUUCACCCAGGAAUACUGGGAGUGCUGUGGUGCAUUUGACGCUGACGACUGGAACCUGAAUGUCUACUUUAACUGCACCGACACCAACCCCAGCCGAGAGAAGUGUGGCGUUCCCUUCUCCUGCUGCACCAAGGACCCAGCGGAGGAUGUCAUAAACACACAGUGUGGAUAUGACGUGCGAGCCAAGACGGACGCGGAGCAGAAGAACUACAUCCAUGUGAAGGGCUGCGUGCCGCAGUUUGAGAAGUGGCUCCAGGACAACCUGACCGUAGUGGCUGGAAUCUUCAUAGGCAUCGCACUACUACAGAUAUUUGGGAUCUGUUUGGCCCAGAACCUGGUCAGUGAUAUCGAGGCUGUCAGAGCCAGCUGUUUGUUCAGCUGAGGCGGCCCCCUACCUCCCUCUGGAGUGCACAGGUGGCUGUGUGCACCCCUGAGCCAGCCGCAGAGGAACUGUGAUGCGAAUGCCAAUUUGAGUUUGCGGAGAGUUCUCAACCUCGGCCAUCCGGCCGGACUCACACCACUUCUUACACACACACACACACACACACACACACACACACACAAUCUGUAUAUAGAGUUGUUCACAAGGCCAUUUGUGUAAAUAAAUGUUUGUAAGGAACAAA